UCAUUGAAGUCAGGUUUAGUGCGCUGCGCUGCACCUGCCGCUCACCUGCUGCCUUGCCUUGGAUUUACUUCCCGAUAAAAAAUGCGUCAAUAAUCCAGUCUGAUCGUAUCUGCACUUCAAUUUAUCAACCAAUCAUGAAGAGGAGACAUUUGAAUUUUUUGGGUCGAAAGAGCAACUCUCUUUUCGACACCAAUGUCAAAAUGAAAGACAUGGAUGACGUGGAGCUGGUGCUGGAGUCCUCAGCAAUUCCUGAGUCAGGUACAGCCAGUGUGAGGGCCAGACCCACUGUCAAACAUCACACUUCCACAAAUGACAGUUUUCAAGGGUUUGCUGUUCCAACACCCAAAGUCCCCCUCCUUCCCCCGGUCAAUGGUCCAAAGAUCAACGGUUCAGUGGGUGGAAAUCACUUGUCCAAUGGAUCUGUUAUGUCUGUGUUUGACCUUGCUGAGGAGGAUAUAUUUGUUCCUCCUCCACCAUCUACUGCAGCUCCACCCCCACCAGGGUCUUUUAUCCCUCCACAAGGGACUUUUAUCCCUCCACCAGACUUCAUGGGUGACCUGAGCACUCUAGACCUUUCAACCCUUCAGCAUCCAUCCAUGCCAGCUCCAAACCCCCCUUCACUGGCACCUUCCAUGCAGGGGAAAGAUUUAACCUUUUUAAAACCACCACCAAUGGCUCCACCAAAGCCUCCAUCCACUUCCCCCAGGGACUCUAUGUCAUCCAUGCCCAUUUCUAGUCCACAAUCUCCCACGGUGCCAGGCCGUCCACAAUUUGCCCCUCCACAGCCUCCGACUGAAAGGCAACUUAAAAUGCUCAAGACACCUCCUCCAAAACCCAUUAGACUGUCUUCCAUCUCCAACAUUGAUUCCCCACCACAAAGUCCUGCCCCACCUCCCCCUGUGCAGACGCCAACAUUAUCCAGUUUCAAUCCUCAAAACACAGCCAAGCUUUACAAUGUUCCGACAACCUCAAUUCUCAAAAGCUAUAAGGAACCUGAGCCAAGACCCAUGCAGAAAUUGCUCCUGGAAGAUUCUUCGUCUGGCAAAACCUCUCCAGUGCUUGUGGUGGAUGGUAAUGUCCCUAAAGGGGCAACACUGUCUAAACCAGUUUUGAAAGAUGCACAGGAACUGAAGGAUAACCUACAAAUUGUUCAACCCCCUCAAACACCCCUGCCUGAACCAAAAAAGGAAGCUAAGACAGCUACUGUUUCUACACCACCAAUAAGCAAACCUCUCCGGCAUACUCAUCAGACUUUACCAUCUCUUCCAAAAGUAAACAGUACUUCAGUAAAUUCAGUGCCAAGCAAGGACAAGCUUGAAGUAUCUCCAAGCCCAGGUCACACAUUCAGUCCCCUGUUGGAUCGUAAACUACGCAACCUGAAGAGCAGUGAAACCAACGGGGCGAGAGAGGGACCUGCAGCCUCCCCGCUGGCUCUCUUAAUGGCAGCUAAAAAAAGAGAGAAACACAGAACAACCAAUUCUCUGUCCAGAGAAAACAGUGACAAAAGGGAUGAGCAGCCAAGUGCAAACAUACACUCAAGUGACUCGAGUCCUAACUCCUUCGUUGUCACUCCAAGGUCCAGCUCGUCCUCUUCUUUAGCAUCUCAAGAAAGGGUUCAGGAAAGUCCACAGCCUGUUGGUCCCGGGAAUCAUACACAAACAAUUCAGACCCCAGAAAAAUUAAGCAGCUCUGCACUGUUCAAGGGUCAGAUGCCACAAAGCAGUCCAGGUCUUAAUCGGAGGGUUGGAUCCCCAAGUUUGACCAAUCUUUUAGCACUGAAACAAAACAAAGAGCAAGGCCCCUCAAAGUCCCAAUCUUCUUACAAUGAGGAAAGUAAAGGGGACAUAAGUAUGCCAGUACUUCCUCCACCACCAGAGUUUGAUGAUCUGGAUGAUAUUGUGGGUCCCCCUCCUUCCAUUACUCCACCUGACCCUCCAAGGAAAAUGGCACCAGCACCAACAUUUAACCCUCCUCCUCCUCCUCCUCCUCCUCCUCUAGCUAUGGCUCCAGCUCCAAUUCCUCCUCCUCCUCCAAAACCUAAACCCCCUCAAGCUCCAAAACUCCCGUCUUUUGACACUGAUGUCAAACCAAAACUGCAAGCCCAGACCAAACCCAAGGUGGGCCCAAGUCAUCUCCCAUCCAAUCUUUCACCCAGUCAGGUCACACUCUUGAGCAUCCUACAAAAAAAGAUGGCGGAAAUGGAUCACAAAAUGACCUCCACGAAGGAGACAGAGGCAAAUUCUGAUGACUGGGGCAACCCUCUGUCUGAUGAGGACAAUAAGGUCCCCAGUGUUCCAAAAGUCACACCACUGAGCAAGAAUAACCUUGUGGUGACCAAAUCAGCAGGCCUGGAUAUGCGUGAGCUGGAGGGUAAAAUGGUCAGAAAACAUCAGGAUACCUCUUCAGUGAAAAGUCCCACCAGCAAUGGAGUGCACUCAAAACAUCAGUAUGGAACGACCUUUACAGUACGGCCUGGUACCAAAAAUCCUAUCAGUCCUUACAGGGGGGAAUCUUAAUGGGAUGUGUAAACGAGAUGGAUGUUCCUCAGUUUGGCAUACAUUGUGUAUAUUUGGAUUAUGUAGUUUUGUAACAGAAUGAUUUGACCAAUGAGACGAAAGCACUGCGAACAAAUGAUUUAGACCUACUUGGUUGGCAUAAUGUUACAGAUGUCUCGGAACAAUGUUCAACUCUAAAUGUAGUCUCUUCUGAAUGUAUUUAUAAUUUUUGUAAGAUCCUAUUCAGAACGGUCAGUUUUUCUUUUUUUUAUAUUUUAUUUUUGAAGUUUUGAAUUUAAAAGAUUUAUUUUGCUGCUCUUGCUCAUUCAGUGUCAAUGUGUAUGUUGUCUUUUUAACCAAUGAUUUGAAUCAGUGCUUCGUGGGUAAUAUUCAUAGAAUCAAGCAGAUUUAUUAUGACUAAUCUAUUGAUUAAAAAACUGUAUGCCUAAGUUAUUCAUAGCUGUAAAAAAGUAUGUGGAGUGUAAAAACGAUCCAGACUAUUGAUAACUUGUAGGAUGUUGAAUCAGUAAACACAAUUAUCUCUAAUAUUGAUGAAAUCAAAGUUAUGAUGUGCAAAUGUAAUUACUGUAGUUCAUGGUGAUGAUCCUGUAACUGAACUGUUACAUGUAUAUUACAUGGGUCCAUUGGAACAAGGCAAACCUAUAAUUAAAAAAGAGCUGGAAUGUGUUUAUAACUCAGUGGGACUGUUUCUCAUAUUUAUUGAUCUUGAAAAUGUUUUUUAUCUGUAUAUUAGUUAUUCAUACUUGUAGAAAUGUAAGCCUUUGUAGCUACACUUUUGUUUUCUGUACAUACAAGUUUGUAUGAGAUUCAAAUGAAAACGAUAUUGUAAAAUCUACUUUUAUGUACAUGUUAAGUUUGCACAAUCACAAUAUUUAAAAUAAUGGCAGCAAAGUCUUUAGGGAAAACUGUUUAUCAAUGCCAAAUGUUGUCCAACAACUCCCUACAUGGAAAAUAAAACCAAGCAUUAACUGCA